CCCUAUCUGAUCUUCGGCCAUGGUAAGGCUAUAUACCGGAUGGACCUUGAUGGAGGGAAUCAAAAAAGGGUUGUGACCGGUGUUGGAAACUCUAUCCUACUGGACUUCCACUACACAGAGGGGAGAGUUUACUGGGCCGAUAAAAAGACAGGGGUCAUCUACAAAGCAGCGAUGGAUGGAACACAGAGACAGAAGCUGCACUCGUCUGAGAAAGGGAUCUCAGGCCUUGCGGUCGACUGGGUUCACAAUUUUGUCAUUUGGACCAGUGGAGAAGUGGGAAGUAUCAAAAGAGUGGAUACAGAUGGGAAAAAUGAGAGGACUCUUCUAAGACAUUUAUCGCAGCCAAUCUCCAUAGCAGUUGCACCAAAUGACAGAUUUAUAUUCUGGCUGUCUGAUGGAAUCACACCCAGUAUUCAGAGGUCGGAUGUAGCGGGAGAGAUGAUUACUACAGUGCUGAAGAUUCCGGAGAGACUGGGAGGGCUGUCGGUCGACCGGAUGGACAAGAGACUGUUCUGGGUCCAGUUCAGUCUGGAAGGAGAAAGUGCCAUUGGGUCGUGUGACUACAACGGGAAUGUUGUCAAUGUCAUUGACCAGCCACUACUGUCUCAGUCUUUGGGGAUGUCUGUGUUCCUGGAGCAAGUCUUCUACACUGAUAUGAGUUCACGGACCAUACGGCAAGUCAAUAAGUACUCAGGGGUUGAGGCAGAAAACAUCAACCUAAAGCGAAUGACACACCCCCCUACUGCUGUCAAGGUGGUACAUCCCCUCAACCAGCCAAUUGAAGACUCCAUGCCUGUCUUUCCAGUGUGUGAUGGUCGUACAGGAGUGUGUGUGAAUGUGUGCUCCAACCCAGCUGACCAGGGGAUCUGCCAGUGCACUAAAGGCUUUGCCCUUAGCAAACAUGGGAACUACUGUGAAGAUGUCAAUGAGUGUGGCCUGUGGGACCACGGCUGUUCCCUGGGCUGUGAGAACAUUCCAGGCUCCUACUUCUGCACCUGCCCCAAGGGUUACGCUCUGCUUCCUGAUAGGAAAACCUGCCACGAGACCUCACCAUGUCUGGCCAAUAUGACCCAGUGCGAUAAUGGAUGUAUUGCUACUGGUGAGGGGACCAUCUGUGUGUGUCUAGAGGGGUCCCUACUACAGCCGGAUGGACAGACCUGCAGAGGCUGCACCUCUUCCGACCGAGGGGGCUGUAGUCAGCAAUGUUCCCCCAUCACUCCUGGUAGGUGGGAGUGUGACUGUCUGCCUGGGUACAAGCUCCACCAAGACGGUAAACGCUGCACAGCCACUGGACCCCCACCUUAUCUGCUGUUUGCCAACAUAGUAAACAUCAGACGUGUUAAUCUGGAUGGGACUGGUGACCAAAGCCUUGUGGAGGAGCCGAGCGGAACAGUAAUAGCUCUGGACUAUGAUCCCGUACAAAACAAAGUGUACUUUGCCAGUACAGUACUGAAACAGAUUGAGCGUGCUGAUUUGGACGGCGGGUCCAGGGAGGUUUUGCUCACUGAGGAGUUGGACUCACCAGAGGGCCUGGCUGUGGACUGGGUCAACCGCAAGCUCUACUGGACUGACCGAGGCCUCUCAACUAUUGACCGCAGCACCUUGGAUGGCUUCGACAGAGAGACCAUUAUUAGCAAAGGCAUACAGAAACCAAGGGGAAUUGCAGUUCAUCCUUUAGCCAAGAAGUUGUUCUGGACCGAUAUGGGUACCAGGCCUGUGUUGGAGAGUGCGUCUUUGGAAGGAAGUGAUCGUGCGGUCAUCGCAAGCGCCGACUUGGUGUCUCCUAGUGGUCUGACCAUUGACUUCACUGAAGACAGGCUGUACUGGUGUGACAGCAAGAGGGGCGUACUGGAGACGGCAUCCCUGGAUGGCUCCAACCGACAAGUCUUGACAGAGAACGAAGUAGGUCAACCUUUUGACCUGGCAGUGUUUGAGGACAGGUUGUGGAUCACGGACAGGGAGCAGCAGCUGCUCCUGAGCGUUGACAAAUGGACGGGGAUGGACCCAGAGCGUCUCCAUGGCAACAUGGUCCAACCAGCAUCCAUAGUUGUGGUUCACCCCCUCGCCAAGCCAGGAGCAAAUGUUUGUCUCUAUCGAAAUGGGGGCUGUGCUCAGGUGUGUGAGAGCAGGCUAGGAUUCGCCCACUGCUCCUGUCACUCACACAUUGCCCAAUCAGCUGAUGGCAAAGGCUGCUUGCCAUCCUACAGAUCAACAGGUGAUAUGAACUCCAAUUCUGGAGAUGGUGAGUCUGCAGACCCGUUCUCUCUGAAAAACAAAACUUUGAACGAUGAGAGCAUGCCUCUCCCUCCCACACUCUUCAUUGAGACGAUGGUGUCAGACCAGGAUGACUGCUUCUCUCUCCGCUGUGAUGUGAAUGCGCAAUGUCUACUGGAUGGAGGCAACCCCACCUGCCACUGCCUGGAAGGUUUCACUGGGGAUGGAGAGCUGUGUUUGGACCUUGAUGAGUGCAUGUUGGGGAUGGCCCUGUGUAGUAUCCAGAGCUCAGUGUGUGUCAACACUGCUGGUGGAUAUUACUGCCAGUGUCGCCCUGGCUUCAGUGGAGAGGAGCACCACUGUACCGAUUUUGACGAGUGUAAAAUGGGAACACACAAAUGUGAUGAGCGAGCGGAAUGCAUCAAUACUAUAGGGAAGUACCGCUGCAAGUGUCAAGCUGGCUACAGUGGUAAUGGACACACAUGCCAAGAGUUGUCAACUACGUCCUCGUGGGUGACCACCAGUAGGCCUAUGGACGUCACCAGCCAAUGGCUGAACACUAACACAGUGGAGAGCUGCCCCUCAUCUCAUGACACUUACUGUCUCUACGAGGGAGUCUGCUUGUACUUCCCAGAGAUGGAGUCCUAUGCCUGCAACUGUAUCUCGGGCUACAUGGGAGAGCGCUGUCAGUUCAGUGAUCUGGAGUGGUGGGAGCUACAGCAGGCCGAACAAGAGAAGAGAAGGAACGUGGCCAUCGCCCUGGGCAUGGUGGUCCUCAUCACCCUGCUCUCCAUUGCUGCCUGCGUCACCUACUGCUACGGGUCCAGGAGAUUUGUUCGGAAACACCCCUCGGUGGAUGACAUGAGCGAGACAAGCACCAGUGAUGACACCAUGUCAGAGACCACCGUCCCCAAGACGCCACGGUUCUAUGUUGUUUUGGAACACGGUGGCGAUGGAAAGGUCAUUCACGUCAUGGGCUGUCCAAGAAGAGCUGUUUGUCCCUCUUGCUCCUCCGAAACAGGUGAAAGCUUUGUGUCAGAGGAGGCAGUGGCUAUUCCCAAACUCAAUAAAGGGUAUGAGUGCUCUUUUGGAUUGGCUACCAUGGAGACCAACAAGACGGUCGCCAACCACCUCAAGUCCAUCGACAACCUCAUCUUCCUGGAUGACCCUCAGCCUGCCUCUGCCAUCCCUCAGUUCACCUGAGGCCAUGCCCACUCAUAUACCCUUAUGAAAUGAACCCACCCCGAAAUGAGAAACCAAAAACACACACUGGGACCUGGAGUUUGCUAGCCUGGAAUCCACACUGAAUAUCGUCCUAGUAGACGGUCCAACUGCCCAUCUAUUGGAGCUUCUCCAGACUGAGUUCAGGAAACAAUAGUGAAACAAAGUGAUAUUCAGUGUCGAUUCCAGGCUAGGAGAACCCUUAGGUUGCUUAAGACGCUGUCUUUCCUUGAUGUUUAUAGCCCUGUUUUCUCUAGGGAGUGGGUGUAUUGCCGGCUUCUCUGGAUGCCUCUUCCCGAUAGCUAAACAACAGCACCUUCUGUGCAUGUGACACACUCGCAGAACACCUACACGCGCAGAAAGUUUGGCUGCCCAGUGGUGGAAGGCUGUGUAUUGCAUGAUCACUGAGAAGCGAAAUAACAGCUGUAUCUUAUUUAUGGUUAAAAUGCCGUUGCUUUGCCCCAAUGCACUGUGGAGACAGGUCUAAGCUACAUGGUACAUGUUAUGUUGUCAUGCAGGCUAAAUGCAUUUGGUUUCACCCCACAUUUAGGAUAAGAAUAUUGUCUGUGUCCUCCUUAUGUUUAUGGAACUGCAAAAUGCUUAGUUAGAACAGACAGAGAAUUUUGUAGGCAC